AUGGUCUCUGGCGUCGGUCCGGCACCGACUUUGGAAGGCCUGAACAUUUCAGUCAUUGCUGACCGGCCAGGCGUCGGGAAAAACCUGAGCGAUCAUGCCAUGUUUGGUCCCUCCUACCGUGUGAAGGUUGCGACACUUGUAAGCGAGCUCGCUAACCCGAUGCCCCUUUUGGACAACUACUUCAGGAACGCGAAAGGUCCUCUCACGAGUCAAGGAGUCGAUUUCAUGGCUUAG